AUGACUUCUCAGGGGUUUUCAUUUCCACCCCCUCCGCCACCACCACCGGCAGCCCAGCCUGCUUAUCCGCAGGGACAGCAUGGGCAUGGACAACAACAGCAUGUGCAGAACUGGGGACGAGGAGGUCAUCGAGGCCGCGGAAGAGGACAAGGACAUGGGAACCGAGGCCGUGGAGGGCAUUACCAGGAAGGAGGACGACCGUCAUAUCCUAAUACGGGCUACAGCUAUCCAUCCAACUACGCCUAUCCAGCACCAUCCGUUCCUACAUCAGCAUACAUGCCUCCCCCGCCAUAUCCUGGGCAAUCGCAAGGUUUUCAAAAUCAUCAAAACCAGCCCGCAUACCCCCCACAAUUUCCGCAGACACCAGGUUCCUACCAGCAACUACCUUACAACACGCCGAACAUGCCUCAGCCCUAUCCUCCGACUCCAACGUAUAUGACUGGUCUUCCAACGCCUCCCCACGGCACUUCAGCUAACCCAGCAAUAAUGGGCUGGGGUGCUGAAGUACCGGGCCACGCAGCAUAUAUGCCAGCUCAGCCCCACGCACGAGGCCCGCGCCCUCCCCAUGCACACAACGGGCAUAAUGGACACAACGGACACAGCGGACCCAAGCUGAAACAAAACCAUAAGCGUGAUCACUCCUCCGCAUUCAGCAAACACACCGCACCUCGAACCCCCGCAGCGCCCGCCGUCCCAAGUUUCGGAAACCCUCUUCCAUCCAAGCCACCACCAGCAGCAGAUGCGAAUGGCAAUAAUCGCAAACAGAAGAAGAGAAAGCGGAAGCACAAUCAGCUAGGCUUGACCCCCAAGACUGAGGACCAUGAAUCCAGCGAGGACGACGAGGAAGCGGACGAGGAAUCCAAGCUAGCAACAGGGGAAUCAGACGCCGCACCCCUUCAAUUUUCCUAUAGAGGUCAGACAGCUACGCUACAAACGCCAUCGGAGAUUGCCGCUUGGAUCGCAGAAAGAAAGAAGAAGUUCCCGACCAAGGCUCGGGUUGAAGAAAAGCAGAAGGUUGCGGACGAGGCAAAGGCUACUCGUGAAGCUGCCCGUCAGCUAAAGUGCAAUGAGCAGCAGGCGAAGCGAAACGCCGAUCGCAAGCCCAGUGACAGUAAUACAGAAUCGCCUAAUAGGGCGGACAAUCAGCGUAGGGCUGACAAGAUCCAGCGCAACCUGGAUCGGGAGCAGAAGCGGAUCGCCAAAGCAAUUGCCGAGGCCGAGGCAGCUCGUCUUCGGUUCGAAGCGCUGCAGAAGGAGGCACUGAGUUUGAGUUCAGCGGCUCAGGAGGGUUCGGACAUCAAAACGGAGCCGCAUGAUUUGCCUCCAAUCUCGAAUGAGCCUCCAAAUGAGCCUCGUAUCUCAGAGUCUCCAUUGGAGGCCCACCCAACAGUGGAUGCGGAUGUUUCAGAUCCAAUCAUUGAAAUCGAAAAUCCUUUAGAUGGCGAUGGCGAUGGCGCCGAUGACAUGGACAUUUCCGGCAGCGACUGGACCUCAUCGAGUGGUUCAGAAGCUGAUUCAAAUUCCGAAUCCGACAGCGACUCGGCGCCAGAGCAGGUUAGCUCACGUCGCACUGGCCCCGAGAAAGUGGCGCCGCCGCCCCGUGAAGGGAAGAAGACCACCUGCCGGUACUUUGCGCGAACCGGGCAGUGUAACCGCGGCGACCAAUGCAAAUUCCUUCACGAGACAACUGAACGAGGGCCGAAACCCAAGGCUGAAAAGAAGGACAAAGGACGCAAGGGACUAUACCAAGCCCUCCUGGACCGACAAAAACAAGACGAAGACCACCGAGCUAUGGAAGUGAUCUCCUGGCUUGGACAGAACAAUAUGCUUGCGCCUCCCGAUACCCAACCGCACUGA